AUGAAAAUCACAUGGGAACAUUACAUGAACAAACGACGAAUAACGCAGUGUAGGAGAUGCCAAGAGUGGGGGCACUCAACAACAAACUGCGUCGCAAAACCAUUGUGCCUCAAAUGUGCCGAAAAUCACCUUACAAGAGAGUGCACAAAAACCAGGGAUACUCCAGCCACAUGUGCCAACUGUGGAGGAAAACAUCCAGCAAAUGCUACGUCAUGUGAAGCUUACAAGAGGAGAAUCGAGCUGAUCGAGAAAAAGAAGACCCCACUGGGAACCAAACGGAAAUUAUCUCAAAAUCCCUUGGAUAUAAAUAACACUGUCCACUUCCCAAAACUAGGAACCCCAAGAAAAGAAGAAAGAAGAAACUACAACCAGCACGAGCAGCAAAGUACAGAUCUGCUGAAAGACAAAAGAGGAAAAAACUAUUGGUAUCAAAGAUCAAGAGGACAAUCACCGGACGAACGAAAUAACAGAGAUGAGAACCUCCCCCACGAGCUCUAUCUUACCACAGCUGACGAGAAACUUCCAGACCGAAACCAGAAGACAAAUGACAUAAUAUUAAAUUAUGGAGAACACCCCAUACAGAGCAAUAACGUAAGUGCUAAUAAGAGUUAA